GCAGAAGCCGCAUGAGCGCAGAAGACCGUGGCAAGAUCAAGCCGCUGUUUUAUCAGCGAUGGCUAGGUCAGAUAGAGAUCGAUAAUGAAGGGUCGACCGCAAGGGACUACCUCGCCCGAGAGCGAAACUUCCUCGGCUGGCUCAAGCUCAGCGUGACACUCGUCGUCAUCGGUACUGCAUUCAUCUUGCACUUCAACCUCGGCGGCUACUCGAGCGAUGGCGGCGUGAUGCUCUCUCGAGCAGAAGGCAAAGUCCUGAGUAUCCUGUUCUAUGUGCUUGCCUUCGUCUGCGUCGUCGCCGGGGUCAGCGGACAUCUCAAGAUCACGAGCGAUCUUCGAGCGCACAAGGGCUUUGCACAGAGCGGCGCACUUGCGCACCUUGUCUUUGUUGCCGUCGUCGUCGCUGUGGCUACAGCGUCCAUCUUGAUCAUCGUGCGCAAUCAAGGCUCAAUCUGAUUGUCAAUGUAAAGUGGAUGCAUCGAGGUGUCAAC